AUGGACGCCGUCCGCUCCUACCUCCCGGGCACCAAGGUGAAGCUGUGCGGCGUCAUCCAGUACGCCAACCUCGUCGGCGUCGCCAUCGGCUACACUAUCGCCGCCUCCAUCAGCAUGCGGGCGAUCGGGAGGGCGUGCAAGAGCUCCAGCAACCCGUACAUGAUCGUCUUCGGGGUGGUGCAGAUCCUCUUCUCGCAGAUACCGGACUUCGACCAGAUAUGGUGGCUCUCCAUCGUUGCCGCCGUCAUGUCCUUCACCUACUCCACCAUCGGGCUCGGCCUCGGCAUCGCGCAGACCGUCGCCAACGGCAUCCAGGGCAGCCUCACCGGUCUCAGCGUCGGCCCGGGCGUGACCUCCAUGCAGAAGGUGUGGCGCAGCCUCCAGGCCUUCGGCAACAUCGCCUUCGCAUACUCCUACUCCAUCAUCCUCAUCGAAAUCCAGGACACGGUGAAGGCGCCGCCGCCGUCGGAGGCGAAGGUGAUGCAGAAGGCGACGGGGAUAAGCGUGGCGACGACGACGGUGUUCUACAUGCUGUGCGGGUGCAUGGGGUACGCGGCGUUCGGCGACGCGGCGCCCGACAACCUUCUCACGGGGUUCGGCUUCUACGAGCCCUUCUGGCUGCUGGACGUGGCCAACGCCGCCAUCGUGCUGCACCUCGUCGGCGCCUACCAGGUCUUCUGCCAGCCCCUCUUCGCCUUCGUCGAGAAGUGGGCGGCGGCGAGGUGGCCCGACAGCGCCUUCAUCGCCCGGGAGCUCCGCGUGGGGCCCUUCGCCAUCAGCGUCUUCCGCCUCACCUGGCGCACGGCCUUCGUCUGCCUCACCACCGUCGUCUCCAUGCUGCUCCCCUUCUUUGGCGACGUCGUGGGGCUCCUGGGCGCCGUCGCGUUCUGGCCACUCACCGUCUACUUCCCCGUCGAGAUGUACAUCGUGCAGCGCGGCGUGCGACGGGGGAGCACGCGGUGGGUUUGCCUCCAGAUGCUCAGCGCCGCCUGCCUCGUCGUGUCCGUGGCCGCCGCGGCCGGGUCCAUUGCCGACGUCAUCGGCGAGCUCAAGGAGUACCGGCCGUUCAGCGGCUGA